CUGCCUGAAAGCAGAGGGUCUUAGAGUCAAUGCUACAACUGAGAGAGAGAGAGAGUAACUGUACAGUAACUGUGAGGUGUGAACUGACCUGUUUGUAUGUGUAAUUUUAGAAACACUAGUAAAUAAGUUGAUGUAUCGUUACUGUGUCAGGUGUAACUUUCUGAAGGACCAAACGAACCCUGAACCUGUUCACUCUGUAAGGCUCCUGAAGGCGGCUGUGUUUUUGCCAGUGUUGGCGGAUGGCUGUAACUCAGGCUGUACUGCCCUCAUUCAGCUCAUUCUCAAACUUCAACAAUUCUACAGACAACAUGACGAUGUGGAAGUUUGAAGACUGCCCCAUGAGUAGCCUCCACUCUCCAGCCGAGAGAAGCGUGUCUGUGAGCACUGACCACACGGAUGCCUCCCAGCACCUGAGACUCCCACACCAUGGCCAGGACACUGAGGCAUGCUGGGAUAUGGAGCUUUUGCUGUCAGAGUGGGGCAGCACGUCUCCAGACCAGACCGUCGCUCAGAACUACACUUCCCAGCGUCCUCUGCUGCAGGACGGAGGCGGGCACAGAGGUCAAGCCGGGCUGGACGUCCAGCAGGUCAAUCAGUCAAGCUCGAUGGUGGAUCUGCUAUCCAAUGAUUGCGUGACCUCAUCUCUGCCCACAUCCCUCUAUGGUGCUGCCUACAGCACAGAGCAUCAUGGAAAAGGUGUCCAGAACCUCCCCCUGUCCCACGUGCCCGGCUUCCCUCACCAAAGUGACCGCAAAGUAAGGUCAUGGGACUUUGGGCACCACUACCCCCACCUGCCCCACUUUUCUGAGGGGGCAGAGCCUCUGGAUCUGCUGGCCCCGCCCCCACAUUAUCAGUACAGCUUCGGCCAGAGCAAUGCGCACACCAGGCCCUACCUGCCCCAGACUGGAUAUGCCCACUUUCUUCCCUCCAACACGCACAACCCCACCGUUUUCCCAGACUCCAUAGCACCCCCCGCGACAGUGGAGCUAAAGCGCAGCCGUAGGCCGGUGGGCAGGAGGAGGGCGGCCAUGCACAGCUGCAGCUACCCCGGCUGCACCAAAACAUACACCAAGAGCUCACACCUUAAAGCACACCUGCGCACACACACAGGUGAGAAGCCGUACAGCUGUAGCUGGGACGGAUGCGGGUGGAAGUUCGCUCGUUCUGAUGAACUGACGCGUCACUACCGUAAACACACCGGCCUGAAGCCAUACGAGUGUGUUCUGUGCCAGCGGGCCUUCAGUCGCUCAGAUCACCUCGCACUGCACAUGAAGAGACAUGCCUGAUACACAAACACACAAUACAUACACAAUGUACACACAACACACACACUUUACCAGGGCUGGGACCAAUCAAAAAACGAUAUUUUUUAUUAUUUGAAACCACUGGUGUAUAAUAGGGAAAUCCAACAAUUCAAAAUGUCUACAUGAAUCUAUCAUUGAAAUGUAUUCGGAGUGAUCCAGAGUGGUUUGAUGUGAAAUGGUUCAGAUGUCUUUACAGUGGUGGUGAACCAGGAGUUUUCAUGACACAUGCUACAACAUAAAUAGACUUUUUAGUUACUGUCCAAAACCAUCAGUGAACCUACACGUGUCCUUUGAUUUUUAUAUGGAAUGGUGAUGUUGGGAAAAUAGUGGAAAAUCUGAAACUGGGACUAUUUUGCCUCACAACGCACGUACCCCUCCACCAUCAAUGGAUUUUAAGUUGUGAAAACCAUCAUAAAACAAUGUCUCAGUCAUCAGGCAGCAUAUUCACAACCAUUUCAUGCUAUUACUUUCUGUGAGGGAUCUCUUAAAGGUGGAUAUCUGGCUCACAUCACCACCAAUAAGAAACUGGAGCUUCAAAUCAAAGAAAGAAAUAAACAAACAAACAAAAUCAGUUACAUGGACGUUAAGAUUAAUUAUCGAUAAAUAUGUAAGUGGUCCCAGCCCUGUUGGAGAAAAAGUCUGCCAGAAAAUCAACUUCAGACAAUGUUUGUCUUUUCCCAGAUGUGAUAAAUCAGCAGAGACAUGUAUGGAGUCCAUAUUGAGCUAGUGCUACAACACGAAUGUAACUAACAAACAGUAGAAGUCAAUAGUCACUGAAAUCUUUUAUCUGGGAAUAUAUCCCCAAAACAUCUCUCAGCCACUCAACCCACAUGCUUGUUUUCAAUAAGACAGAACAGACUUGUAGAUUUUACUUUAGGACAUAGUAUGAGACUUAAUUUUGCAGGUGUUUGCUGAUUUCUGACUCCUAGCAGAAUCUGACACCCCUUCAUGCUCAUACACGUUACACAGGCAUAUGGACACUAGACUACAUUCCCGAGUUUUUUCAUAAAUUACUGUUGAUCUUAAUUUUUCUAACUGAAUAUAUGCAUAUAUAAAAAAUACACACAAAAGAAAUCGUGAAUGUACAUCUAGUGUCUGUAUCCUUGUGUGAAGCGCAUGAACUUGAAGGUUGUUGGAUUCUCCACAACACUUGCUGUUGCUCAGUGUCUAAAGAGCUGCACUGUAAAGUUCUGUUCUUAUUUAUAGUUCAUAUGUAAGUCAUGAACAGGUCUGCGCCACCUUAAUCUCCAGUCCACCUGGAUGUGGACUGAGAGAACAUUUGGGGAUGUAUUUACACAAAAGAUGUGGGUGACUACUAACCUAUAGUGUUAGCAGCAUUAGCCUCGUAGCUCCAGUUCUAAACUAAAGGAGCAAAAUGGGGACAGCAAACAUGUGUCGUGUUUCAUUGACUCCAUCUGCGGUCAAUGGAAUAUUGUGUCAUUUUGAUUUUUCACCAAACUAUUUCUUUAAUAUACCUAGAAAACUCUUACAUACACACUAUUCACACACCGAUAAAACUGACGUGUAUAUAACAGAGAAUAAACAAAGUACAUUUGGUACCAUUAAUUCAUUUCCUCAGGGGACUCUACAGUUGAAUGCUUUAGUCUUACUUUACAUUUAAAACACACCUGACCGCAUCCAGUCCAGUAACUGCUGUAAAUUAGAGCAUCUGGACUUUCCUAAAGUUCUUCACCAGUUUGCUGGUGCAGCAGAGAAAGCUGUAGGGCAGAGGAAACGGUAUGAAAAAGUGAGAGAGAGAGGGAGAGAGUGAGAGAGAGAACACAACACCGUCACAUCCCUCAAGCUGAAAUACACUCCGACCGAAAGCUAAAGACUCAGCGCUGAACUCUGUACACUGCACUGGGCUGCCAGGUGGAAUAGAGGUUAUAAAAUCUUCCCCAUUGCUGUAAUAUUCCACAGAGUGACCCAAACAUCUGACUCAACUCACACUCAACAUGAACUUCCCAAAAUGCAUUUCUGGUUUGUUACAGUUUCCGUUUGAUAAGAAUGUCCUGAAUGUAAUUGUGAAUAAAUACAGCCUAUAUGUGUAACUAUUUAUGGGAUUUAAGAUAUAAUUAUGGACAAGAACACAGAAAAAAAGUUGAUUGCAUUAAUUUUGUAGAUGUUUUUGUUAUUUGUAUAACAUCUUACCACCUUUUUGUACGUUUUGCAUUUAUUUCCAUAUUUAUAUAAAUUGCCUUCAUAAUAAAGUGAC